AUGUAUAUAUUAAAUUAUUUAUUUUAAACCAAAAAGUGCACAAUAGGUUCUAAACUAUCUCCAAAAAAGAUUAAGAAAAUUAUAAGAAGCAUUGAAAAUCCUAUUGUUGAUCAGUAAUCUAUUUCUUCUGUGUGGAUUGAAAUGUAAAUAUUAGAGACCAGCCUCAUUUAAGAAGAAUUCAUCAUACAGGAUUGUUUUCAAUAAUUUGUAAUAAAUAUUUCAUUUUUAAUAUUGUUGAAUCAAUUCCAUAUUUCAUAAAGAUUACUUAAAAUAAGAUUCUUUGUUAUAAUCUUAGAAAAUAUUAAUUAAGGCUUUGGAAAUUUACAUUAUAAUUUUUUCAUAUCUCCUAAUAAUUAUUCCUUUUAUAUUCUAUAUUUAAAUUUAUGCUGCUUAUGA